GCAUUGCGAAUGGCGUCAAGUUGUUAUUGUUGAAAGCGUUUAAUUAUUUGUAAUAAGAUUAUGAGUGUUUUUACAGUCUUUUUGCAUAAAAUUGUACAAAAUAGUGAUCAUAUAGUUUAACUAAUUAAGUGCUACAAUAGACUUUCCAGCUGGAUUCUGCAUCUGAGUGUCAAAAGUGCCUAUAGUGCUCUGGAUGGCGGAAUAUAAAAGGUUACCUAGGUAAUUAGGCCUGUGCUUAGUGGCGCGGAUCGCCAUGCCGAUUUUAGAUGGCAGCAAAUAGUGAUGGUCAUACUGAACUUACAACUGUAUUGACCUGCGAAGGGAACCUCUCAGAUCCCAAGUUCCCGGUACAGUUAGACGUUGUAGUGGGCAGAUUGAAUGAUAUUUUGGGUGACCAGGUUAAAGUACGCAAGCUGGAGCCCUGGAACUCAGUCCGUGUAACGCUGUCCAUUCCUCGUGAAGCAGCGUUACGCCUCAGACAACUGGCUAACGAGGGCUCACAACAGCUUAGAGCCCUCGGUAUAUUAAGUGUACAGAUCGAAGGAGAUCAAGUUAUUUCCCUCAGAUUAGCCACAGGUGCUGUAAAUUCUGAACCUCAAGAAAUCAUUUUGAGAACGGCACAGGAUGGAGGCAACACAGAUCGUCGGGAAUCAGAUCUCGGGCUUUCUUUCUUAUCAACUUCUGGUUCCGCUGCAAUUAACCCAAACAAUUCUCAAGUGCAAUUCAAAUCUCCGAAUGUGGUGUGCCCACCAGAUUCGGUAGUUCCAAGGGUGGGCACGAGCGCUGCUACAUCGAACAAUGUCAGCAGCAGCGGAAAGGCUUUCGCCGGUCCCUUUCCCUUCGCCAGCAUGAACCAGGCAAUUCAUAGUAACAGAGAAACGCCCUUCAAUGCAUUACCUCCACCCUAUCCGGGCAAACACCCGCCCGUCACUAUAUCGAGCCCCCUGCUGGUCAAUCUGUUACAGAACGACGGACCCAAAGAGUCUAGUAAUGUUUCCAAGUUGCCUCAGUCAGUCGCAAGUGCGCGUUCUAUCCGGACACCUCCCGUUUCAGUGCAUAAACCAGUAGCACCCGCAGUGACAGUGAGCACAAACUCUAAUAACUCCACGUUUGUCAAACCAAACCCCACCUCCACUCAGGCCAAUGUGCUAGUGAAUAACAGUAUAUCACCAAGCGCCUUAUCAACAAAUACUUCCAUUAGGCAGAAUAGCACCAUACUGACAAGUACAACAGUGGCGGUUAACAAAACUCCACCUCCUCAAUAUCACAGGCCUCUCUCGACCACUAUGACGGUGAAACAGCAGCCUUUGUCAGGAUUUUCAAAUGCAACAAAUGCCACGUCGAUCAGUUCCCAGGUCAAUUCGUUGACCCAGACCAGUCUUUUGUCUCAGCAGAAUUGUUCGCCUGUGUCCCAAAUUAGUAAUAUUACCCAGACAAACAUUUUUCAUUCUCAAUCCCAAACAAAAAAUCCAUUGCCGCAAAUAAAUCAUCCAGCACAAAACAGCGUGUCAUCUCAAAACAUUUCUCAACCCGUUUUAUCUCCACCGCAGUCAAACAUCCCUUUAUCUCAGCAAAAUCUAUCGAAGAAUCAUUCGGUGACCAACAUUACUUUGCCCCAAAUGAAAGCCGCGGCCCAUUCUGUCCUUCCCGCGCCCCAGACGAAGAAUGUGUUACUGAAUAACUUGUUACCUCAGCCUCCGAAUAUCAGUGUUUUAUCGCAGUUGAAGAGUCCCUUGCCUCAAGGAAUAUCUGUGACGAAGAACGUUAAUAGCUUUCUAUCACGUCCCAUCAAAAAUCCAGCAAGUAAUUUCUCACAACCCAGCGCACUUAAUACUUCAUUGUCUCAGCCGAAUGCUAUUUCUCAAACUACCACCUUGUCUUCAAAUUUUUCCGCUAUAUCCACUGCGUCCCUAUCCAACUCCACAGAUUCGGUUACAAAUUCAGUCAGCAUCCCCACCCAAUCGCAACCAAGCUUAAAUAGCGUCAUGUCCAGGAGUUUGCCAUCGCCUCCUCCUUACUCGGUGGCGAUAUCCCGUCCUUGGGACACGCUGGUGCACAGCAACAACUCUAUCUUGGAUCUAACACCAUCCAUCACCGAUUUAAAACCUGACGUUCUGGACGAGUUACUACCCACUUUGGAAAGGGAGUUGUCCCACAGCCCUCUCCCGGAAUUGCCGGAGGAUUUCCUAAACGUACCCUCAAAUAUAAUAUCGACACCGCCCUCCGCUGCGCCUGCCGUAGAGGAUAACAGAAAAUUUCUUAUAAACCCGCUAACUGGGGAAUUGGAGCCCCAUUCGGGCGGUGAGAGCGACACCGAAGAACUAAAGGAUGUAUUCACAGGGUUACCGUCGCCCGCCGCUUUGUCGGACGACGACACGAGCUCCACCACUCGCCCCGACGCCACCACAGAUCAUAGUGAUAAUGAGGCGCGUUCCAACGAUGCGAUAAAACCGAGAUUAAAAAACCCGAAGGUGAGGGACCGUGGGCGCGAUUCGCCUGCCCUUAAACAGGAGAAGAUCAAGUUGCGCUUGAAACUGGAGAAAUCCGAACCGAUCAAUCCCGCUUACAAAGUCGACGUGAGCUUUAUUAACACUCAACCUAAGAAGGCCGCCGCUUCUAUGAUGUCUACCGCCGGUGAGGAAUUACGUGUUCCGCCUUUACACAUCUCGUUGAGGGGGAGGAAUUCGGUUGUUAUAAAAAACAAAAAUAAACUUAAUCCGGACGGUACGCCGAUGAAGCCAAAGGUUAGGAAAAAUCAGGAUAUGAAAAUGAAGAAAAACGAUAAUAGCACUGCGUCCAUGAAUGAAGAAUUGUCGGUAAACGCGACAGGCCCGACACUGGGAGGGGAUCCAGCUAUAGAACAAUUGAAGAAUAAGAUGAAUAACCUGGAGCAGAAGAAAUUUAAGAAGUUUAAAGCCACGCACGAGCAUCAGGACAUGGUGACGAGUCUGAGCGAGAACGACAUAAAAUCAAAAUUUAUAAUCCACAAUCACUACAAGGACAAACAGAAGGAGAGGAGGGGAAGCGACUCGGAGUUAGUGCGAAACAACAAGAAGUACGUGGACAGCAACGGAAUUAUUUGCGAUGAGAAGAAAAGGCGACUAAGUCAAGCCGAACAAGUGGACGAGGAAAAGCCGCCAGUGCUCGGUUCGACCAACGUGGGUACCAUAACGGGUUUGCCUCAGAAAUCCAGGAAGGACAAGAUGAAAAUCAAAGAUAUCUUCAAGAAGGACGUGGGUAGAAAUAAGAUUUUUACCAAAAACUUUGGGGAUAAAUUGCAGAAUAAACAGGUGACUUUGCCGACCGCGGGCGAGAUGAACAUGGAGGCGAAAUUCAAGCAAGGUCUGCUGGAGGGUACCGCAGAAAAGGGGGUUCUGAGGCCACCUCAUCGAACUGAAGUCGUGAACCAUAUUACCGCGGAAAGUAAUAGGACUGAAAAUACGGAAAAGGUGGCGAAAAUCGCACCAGACGUUACAUCGCUGAAGGAUAAAUCGCCGGAACCGGACAAGUGCAACACCCCCGACAGGAAGUCGGUGGAACUGAGCGAGAAGCAAACCGCCGUCACCGGCGGCAGAUCACCGAACUCCGGAGCUGGUCAGGGCGAAGACAGCGGGAUAGAAAGCAUGGACGCCCUUAGCGAGAAGUCUCCCAACCAAGCCAGCCAAAGUCCGCAUGCUGACAUAUUACCUCCCAAGACCCAAGUGCCUAUCAUGCUGGACAUUGAGGCGCAGCUCGCUAAGAUGGAGGGCUUGAACGGUGACACUGAUAGAGGAGGAGGCAAUGUGGUGAACGCCAACGCAACGGAGGACGUGAACGAGAAUAAGUGUCACCACGAUCAGUCGAGCAAGCUGAAGCAGUGUUGUGAACUCACUUGUGCUCUGCAGGACAGCCUUAAGCAAGGGGCGGUGUCGUUGACCGCGACGCUGUCGCCCCCAACACCGCCCGCAAAGCAGCAAGCCGAAAUCAACCUUGUGUCUCUCAAGGUUAAAAAGGAGGAAAACUUGGAACCAUUACCCGUAAGGGUAACACCUGCUCUGUAUACAUACUCGAACCAAAAUCCCGAAAAGGGCCGGGGCGGUUCAGAGAGUCCGACGCUCUCGGACGAAGACAGCAACUCCUGUUCCACCAACAGCACGAUGAACAGCAGCAGCAAGCAGAACAGGAGCCUCUUGGAACAACUACUCAUAGAGAUACCAAACGACCACCAGGCGGUGCCGAGCUCGCCGAGCCCGGCCACCCGCUCGUCUGUCAGAACCAGAGCUUUGUCGAAAUUGGGCAGCCCGGAACUCAGUUCGCCAGUGACUAAAAAUACUCGAACGAUGGCUCCCACCAAAAGGAAGCGUAACGAGUCGGACAGUUCCAAUCACAGCCUGGAGGAAGGUAAGAAGAAGCCGAGGAAGGCGUCGGAAACGGUGCUUGAUACCGUCAAGACUCGUCAGAACGACCCGACCAAAGCGGGCAACGUAAAGAAAACCUUGGCGAAGGUGCAACAAGAUGAGAGUUCCGAUAGCGACGAACCGCUCAUCGAGAAACUGAGGAAACCAUCAAACUCGAUUAACACGCAUGCCGGUAACGUGGCCGCCAAGUCGAAGGUGAAGAGCGGGGCGGGGGUAGCCGCCAAUAACGCCAAGACGGUCGUGAUGAAUACCAGAAGGUCGGUGAGGAGCAAUAUGCCCGCUCAGAAUACUAGGAGCAGGGGCGAUAAAACACAAUCCGAGUCGGAAGCUUUAAGGAGAAAAACUCGAAGUGCUGUGUCAGAUGUGGAGAGCAAGCGUAAGAAAGAGGUGAAGUGACAGUAUGAGAGCGGCUGCUGGGAAAGCAGCCACCUGCACCAGUACUCACCGUACCACCCGUACUUGUGUGACCUGUCGUCGGAGAGCGAGGAUGACAGCUACUGCAGUGAAGAGUCUCCUCCGUAACCGCCACUCUAACUGUACAGAUUGUGAUAUGCUACCCAUUAAAAUAGAAUUGUAUAUAGAUAGGUGAAUUUAUUGUAUAUAGACAGAUGGCAAACAUGCAUAGUUCAUACACAAACAGAGGUGUACAUUGUAAAUGUGGUAUUUUCCAUACAAGCUAAUAUUGCAUAAAUAAUAUAUAUAUUAUAUUAUAUAUUAUACAACUAUUCUUUACUUUUGUUUACUGCAUUUUACGUAGGGCGACACGAAAUACGUGAAUGUAUACUGUGUACAGUUGUUGAUGAAAUAUUGUUUAUUAUGUUUAGCUUAGUUGUACUUUACGUAUUUUGUUUAUAUGAUUAUUUAUACCAUGGAGCCUUGUAGAAUGUUUCCUGUUUCUUUACGUAAAAUACAUGGACUUGUAAUGUUCUUAAUUGUAGAUUUGUGGAAAGGUUGAUGAUUAUAAACUAUACAUUGUUAAAUAGAAAUACCUUAAUAUUUAUAUCUC